AUGAUGAAGCCGAGGCUGACGACGAUCGACGACAACGGCGACGACGAUGAUGGAGAAGUGAAGAUCUAUCGUCAGUCCAAAUUGUUGUGCAGCGAGUCGAUUUCCCCCCGAUCUGGCUGUGCCUGGCGGUACGACAGUCAGACCGCCGUUCUGCUGGUCAGGACAGCGGAUCUGCCGAUUGCCGAUGCUUAUUUCUUCGGUUGUUUUGGACCCUCUGUGUGUCUGCAGCUUGCAAGUCACAAGUCAGCCAAACCGUCGGAUGACGCAGUUGCUGUCGCAUUUCUUUCGUCUUACCACCCCGAACACCUCCAUCCCACAUCGCUCCCGCUCUCGCUCUCGCACAACAAAGAGGGGCUCGCUCGCGUCCUCCUCGUGCUGCGCAUUGUGAAGCAGAUCGCCACAUCGUUGCUUCGCACCCUCCACGCGAGGCACAGCUGGACUCGACUCUCGGUCGCCACGGUCAAUCGGCCAUUGAGUAUCAGACCGCCGGCAAGAAUAGCAUCCUCACCAUCAACAGACACCACGCAAGUCUGA